AUGUCCAACCGAACCACAGUGACCGAGUUCCUGCUCCUGGGCUUCUCUGAUAUUCGGGAGCUGCAGAUUCUGCACUUUGUGGUGUUCCUGAUGCUUUACCUGGCAACUCUGAUGGGGAAUCUUCUCAUUGUCUAUGCCAUCAUUCUGGACCACCGUCUGCACAGUCCAAUGUACUUCUUCCUGGGGAACCUUUCCAUUAUUGACCUUGGCUCUAUCUCCGUCAUUAUCCCCAAAUCUAUGGCCAACUCCCUCCUGAACACCAACGUGAUUUCUUAUGCUGGGUGUGUUGCCCAAGUCUUUCUCUAUUUCACCUUUGGAGCAACUGAUCUUGCCUUACUCACUGUCAUGGCCUAUGACCGACACGUCGCCAUCUGCCAGCCCCUGCACUAUGAGAGAGUGAUGAACAGGAGAGCCUGUGUCUACAUGGCAACCAGUGCCUGGAUUGCUGGUGCUGUCUACUCUGCCCUGCACACUGGGAACACCUUCAUAUUACCCUUCUGCCAGUCCAACGACAUCAAUCAGUUCUUCUGUGAAAUCCCCCAGCUCCUCAAGCUGGCCUGCUCUGACUCCUACCGCAGUGAAGUUGGCGUCCUUGCCUUUAGUGUGGUUUUAUUUUUGAAUUGCUUUGCUUUUAUCCUUGUGUCUUACGUUCAGAUCUUCAAAGCAGUGCUGAGAAUCCCGUCAAAGCAGGGCCGGCAGAAAGCCUUCUCCACCUGCCUCCCCCACCUCGCUGUGAUCUCCUUGUUCCUUUGCACUGGGUUCUUUGCCUACCUGAAACCCACUUCUAACUCAGGAACAAAUCUGGAUCUGGCGGUGGGUGUUCUCUAUGCCGUGGUGCCUCCAAUGAUGAACCCGGUCAUCUACAGCAUGAGGAACAAGGAGCUCAAAACUGCAUUGAAGAAACUUUUUGUGUGUAGAAUAUUCUCCAAGAAUUAA